AUGGCCAUUCCACGGCUUGCGAAGCGCGCAACUGAUCUCCUCGAUGGCAUGGGGAACAUCGCAAUCCCCUGGACGUUCAUCCUCCUCCUCACCAUCUCAGUAGCGACGCUCAUCUCCCUCCUCGUCACAAUCGUCCUCUAUAACUUCACGUUUCUCUCUCCCCGCUUUAAUCUCAUACUCAAUGGCGGGAUAGCUUUCUUUUGGGCACUGGGCUUCAGUAUGCUGUCGUGGUCUAUUAGCACUUCAAAUGUGUUGGGAAAGGCCUGUACUCGGGAUGUUUGGGACGGGGAUGCCGCGGCAAGCGUGUGUCGGGACUAUAAGGCAUUAUGGGCCAUGACUCUAGUUGGGACCGUCUCCACGGCACUAGCCCUCGCCCUCGAUUUCCACACGUGGAAGAAAUCCACACACCGGGGCACCUAUGUCCUCCCCGAAGAUGACAAGUGCGCGCAGAAACUGAAUGAUCUGAAGAGUGUGCAAGCGACAAACGGUGAUUAUGAAGUGCCAAAGGACCAGGCGAGUGUAACUGAGGACACCGAGACGCCCACGCGAUGGCAUCAAGAGGCGGAUAUAGGGUAUCAUAACAGGUAUGGAGCGGAGGAGACGCAUGGCCCGUUGGAGGCGGAAGAGAGGAACCGUCUAGGGCAUCGUUGA